GGGAGGAUUGAUGGAACGCGGAUAUCUUCGUGUCGUGCGUGCGGCUCGGCUGGGAGUUCCUCGCACGGUGUUUACUGUAUUGUUAGCCCCUCCUGCAAAAGGGCGCGAGCUUCUUUGCCCCUUGCGCGAACGCGGAGCGGGGCCAGCUUCCCGAGGAUCGUUCUCUCCUUUGCUCAGUCAGCGAGUGAGCGCGCGGCAGCCGCAGCCAGCAACUACUGUAAAAAGAGCCUCCUUUCGCUCCUCCUCCCUUUCUCCCCCCUCCCCAAUCUUGGAAUUGCCUCAGUCUUUCGGCAUGGGUAGAGGUUGAGAGACUGGAAGCAAAAAGAGAAAGGUAUUGCUGAGCAGAGUUAGCGAGGAAGCGACCGAGAAAAAACCCAGCUAGUAGACUCACGCUCUCGGACCACAGUCUAGCUUUGCCGAGCGCGCUCGCUCCGGAUUGUUGCCGCAUACAACCAGGAUGGGGCACGGGAAUCACCGAUCUCCGGGAGUUUCAGCUACUGGCGAGGAAUCUUUAGGGGCGAGACGGGUCCCUACCGCUGCUGUCCUCUUCGCUUUGCUUUUGAGCACCUUUAGCUCCGCUAUAGACGAAAAGAAAGUUUGUCAAGGAACAAGCAAUAAGCUAACUCAACUUGCAAGCGUGGAUGACCACUAUAACAACCUUAAGAGGAUGUAUGAGAACUGUGAAGUAGUGCUUGGCAACCUGGAAAUCACUUAUGUGGAUUACAAUUAUAACCUUACCUUUCUAAAGACUAUACAAGAAGUGGCUGGCUAUGUGGUUAUAGCAAUGAAUGCAGUGAAAACUAUCCCUUUGGAGAAUCUCCAGAUAAUACGAGGAAACACACUUUAUGAAAAUGCUGCACUAGCAAUUUUAUUAAAUCACAAUGGUACAAAGGGACUUAAAGAGCUGCCAUUAAGACGGUUGGCAGAAAUUCUAAAUGGAGGAGUAAAGUUCAGGAGUAACCCUUACCUCUGCAACAUGGAAAAUGUUCUGUGGGAUGACAUUUUUGAUAAAAAUAAUAUUCGGAGUUUUGUACAGUUUGACACCAACGAAAAAACAAAGGGGUUAACAGAAUCUCACAUAUCCUGUUCUCCUUGUCACCCGAAUUGCACAAGAGGGCAUUGCUGGGAUGCUGGUGAAGAGAAUUGCCAAAUAUUAACUAAGAUUGACUGUGCAGCACAGUGCUCAGGUCGAUGCAAGGGAAGAUUGCCAAGUGACUGCUGUCAUACUCAGUGCGCAGCAGGAUGUACAGGUCCUAAAGAAAGUGACUGCUUGGCAUGUCGCAAGUUUUGGGAUGAUGCAACUUGCAAGGAGUCUUGUCCAUCUUUACAAAUAUACAAUCCCUAUACUUAUCAGUUGGAAGAUAACCCAGAAGGAAAGUACAGUUUUGGAGCAACUUGUGUAACAAACUGUCCACAUAACUAUGUAGUAACAGAUCAUGGCUCAUGUGUCCGAUCAUGUAAUGCAGACUCUACAGAAGUGGAGCAGAAUGGCAUUCGAAAGUGUAAAAAAUGUGAUGGUCCUUGUAGCAAAGUGUGCAGUGGAAUUGGAAUAGGUGAACUGAAAGGUGUUCUUGCAGUAAAUGAAUCCAAUAUAGAUUAUUUCAAGAACUGUACCACAAUCAAUGGUGAUCUCACAUUUCUGCAUGCAUCCUUUUUUGGUGAUGAAUAUACAAAAACACCCCCUUUGGGUAUAGGAAAAUUGGAUAUUUUUAAAACUGUUAAAGAAAUCACAGGGUUUCUAUUGAUCCAGGUUUGGCCUGAAAAUGUCACUGAUUUGAGUAGCUUUGAAAAUCUGGAAGUAAUACGAGGUAGAACAAAACAAUUAGGUCAAUAUGCUCUUGCAGUAAUCAACCUGAAUAUCAAAUCUUUGGGACUACGGUCUCUCAAAGAAAUAAGUGAUGGAGAUGUAGCCAUUUUGAAAAACAGCCACCUUUGCUAUGGCAAUACAUUGGAUUGGAAGAAACUUUUUGUAACACCAAAACAGAAAAUAAAAAUAAGCAAAAAUGGAAAUGAAAGUGAAUGUGCUGCCACAGGACAAGUUUGCCAUCCCCUCUGCUCAAAUAUAGGCUGCUGGGGCCCAGGACCCUUCCAGUGCUUUUCUUGCCGUUAUUUUAUCCGCCAACAGGAAUGUGUAAAACAUUGUAAUAUUUAUCAAGGAAUGCCUCGAGAAUAUGAACAAAAUUCGGAGUGCUUUCAGUGCCAUUCAGAAUGCCUUGUGCAAAAUGCAACUGAACCAUAUUUAACUUGCACAGGACCUGGUCCUGGCAACUGCCUGAAGUGUGCUCAUGUAAAAGAUGGUCCACAUUGUGUUAAAUCAUGUCCUGCUGGCAUUUUGGGAGAAAAUGAUACCUUAGUCUGGAAAUAUCCAGAUGAAAAUUUAGUAUGUCAGUUAUGCCAUCCGAAUUGUGUUCGUGGAUGCAAAGGACCUGGACCCGAAGGCUGUCCUAAUGGAUCUAAACUCUCAGCCAUUGCAGCUGGAGUUGUUGGGAGCAUUCUUUGCUUAGUUGUUAUAGCCCUGGGUAUUGGUCUUUUGGUGCGUAGACGACGGAUUGCUAAAAAACGUACUUUGCGCAGACUGCUGCAAGAAAGAGAGCUUGUUGAACCUUUGACACCAAGUGGGGAAGCACCAAACCAAGCACUUCUAAGAAUCUUAAAAGAAACAGAAUUAAAAAAAGUAAAAGUACUUGGCUCUGGAGCUUUUGGUACUGUCUAUCAGGGUCUCUGGAUUCCAGAAGGAGAAAAAGUUAAAAUUCCUGUAGCCAUUAAGGAAUUAAGAGAGGCUACAUCACCCAAAGCUAACAAAGAAAUUCUUGAUGAAGCAUACGUGAUGGCAAGUGUUGAUAACCCCCAUGUGUGCCGUUUGCUGGGAAUUUGCCUCACAUCAACUGUCCAACUCAUCACCCAGCUUAUGCCCUAUGGCUGCCUUCUUGACUAUGUUAGAGAACACAAAGAUAACAUUGGAUCCCAGUACCUUCUCAACUGGUGUGUGCAGAUUGCAAAGGGAAUGAAUUACUUAGAGGAACGUCGUUUGGUACACCGUGAUUUGGCUGCUAGAAAUGUCCUUGUUAAGACUCCCCAGCAUGUAAAGAUCACAGACUUUGGUUUGGCCAAAUUACUUGGUGCAGAAGAGAAGGAGUAUCAUGCUGAAGGAGGCAAAGUUCCAAUUAAAUGGAUGGCUUUGGAGUCAAUUUUGCAUCGCAUUUAUACCCACCAGAGUGAUGUUUGGAGUUUUGGUGUCACUGUUUGGGAAUUAAUGACAUUUGGAUCUAAACCAUAUGAUGGUAUUCCAGCCAGUGAUAUUUCCUCUGUCUUGGAGAAAGGAGAGCGAUUGCCUCAGCCCCCCAUAUGUACAAUUGAUGUGUAUAUGAUCAUGGUCAAAUGUUGGAUGAUUGAUGCCGAGAGUCGUCCUAAAUUCAGGGAGUUAAUAGCAGAAUUCUCCAAAAUGGCUCGAGAUCCACAACGCUAUCUCGUCAUACAGGGAGAUGAAAGAAUGCACCUGCCCAGCCCAACAGAUUCCAAAUUUUACAGGAGUCUAAUGGAAGAAGAAGACAUGGAGGAUAUUGUGGAUGCAGAUGAAUAUCUAAUUCCCCAUCAAGGAUUUUUCAGCAACCCAUCAAACUCACGAACACCUCUCUUAAGCUCAUUGCAGGGCCAUCCAGUGAGAGAAGACAGCUUUGUCCAGAGAUACAGUUCAGAUCCAACUGGAGUUUUCCUAGAUGACAGUCUGGACGAUGGUUUUCUGCCUGCUCCAGAAUAUGUAAAUCAGCAAGUGACCCCAAAUGAAUCUGCUUCUAUGGUACAAAAUCCAGUCUACAAUACUUUCUCCCUUCCCAUUGAUCCAAAGCCUAUGAAUGAUUCAAAUCAUCAAAAGCUGCAUAACACAGCAGUGGAUAACCCAGAAUAUCUCAACACAAGCCUCUCGCCUUCGGCUAACACAGUUUUUGAUAGCUCUUCCUAUUGGGACCAGACAGCCAACUACCAAAUCAGUCUGGACAAUCCAGACUAUCAGCAAGACUUCACGCCCAGAGACAACAAGCCUAAUGGCAUUGUUAAACUUCCUCCAGCUGAGAAUCCAGAAUACCUAAGGGUAGCAGUGCCAAAAAAUGAAUACAUUGAAGCCUCAGCAUGACCGUGGUAAAGACUUUAUAUAGUCUCAACAAUGCAGGAAAGAAACACAGAUGAAAGAGUUGUUUGCUAUAUAGAAACAGAUUAUGGUUAGAUUAAAAAUCAUAAUUACAUUUUGUAGUACACUUUUAUCUUCCAAGUGUCUGUAUUGUUUCAGCAAGUUUGCCUAGAACUUCAUUUAUUUCUGUGUUUACAAAAGAUGCAACAAAGAAUCAAGAAAUAUCAACAAGCAAGCAAUGUUUUUUUCUUAAGCUAUAUACAAGCCCAACCUUUUUCUGAAUAUUAACUAUUGUAAUAAGCAUCCGUCUUAAGCCCUUUUGAUACCAUAUCUUUUAUAGGUCAUUUGUAGUACUUCUUUUAAAAAGCCUUUAUGACAGUAAGUGACAAGGUUAUGCCAUAUGGAUCAUAGUGAGAGGAGCACAGGGUAAGUGGGGGGACUUAAGACUCAGAUCAUUUUAUUUGCAAUAACAAUAGUACUCUUUAAAAUGUGGAAAUUCUGCUUAAUAUAACCUUUGAUUACAUUGGGAGAAAGAAUUCUUAGUUCUUCAUACAACAUACACUGCCACUACUACUGCUGGGAAGUUCUGCAAGUUUCAAUUCAAGAAUGUUGAUAAAAUUCAAAAAGUUAAGACAGUCAGGAAUGAUUAUCAGGUACUCUGUCACGUGUUUCUGUAAUACUCACUGUAGGAAUGAGCAGCAUUGUUGUCUGUGGGGUUUUGUGCUUAUAUCUUAGUUUCAUGAUUUUUAGAGAUAUGAAAAAUGAACAAACAUCUGUAAAUGGAAAACAUUGAUUCUUGUUUUGCACAUAAAAACAUUCCACUUCACUGCCUUGCUGAUGGGUCUUGGGGAAAUCUAUUGCAAAAGCUUUAAAAAAUUAUGCUGUGACUGAACAUCCAUUUAUCAUUAUGCAGAAAUUAUUGGUAGAGAAAAAUAUUAAUCUUGGAAAUAAUUGCAUUGAGGCAAAAUAUUUCUGUACCAAGAUUCAGCAUUACAUGAUAAAUAAAACCAGUUAAUUUGCAUAUGAAGCAUAAUUCAGAAACUUCAUUUAAACAGGUAAAUUAACUUAUUUUCCCAAAAUAUCCCAUCAAUGUAGGAUGAUUUUCAGGCCAACCUGAUCAUUAUAUAUUAAACUGAUGUUCUAAUACAGUGCUGAUAUCUAUUUUACUCAGAACUAAGUCCAACUGAAUUCAAUACAGUUGUCUCUCUAAUAGUAUAUAGGAUUGCAAUCUACUAGUGUAAUCCAGUAAAGGCCUAAUUCUAAAAUAAGAUCUAUUAAAUUUAGUGAGAUUUAUUUCUGUACUAGUAUGCAUAAUAUUGUAGCUUGACUAAGCAUGGUUCCAUUGACUCUCUGUGGCAUACUGUCUAAUACUGUUAUCCCUGUUAGUUUGAGUUUAUGACUUUGAUAUAAAACCACUAUAUAACAAUUUCCAUAUUGUUCAAAUAAUGCUGAAUGUAAUCAUUAGAAUCCCUGCCUUAAUUACAAAUGAAAAAUCAUUGAACAAUAACUAUUCCUCUUUUUAAUGAUACUAUAAAUUCUGCUAGUAAAAUACAUGUGAAAAUAGUCCUGGGUAUAAUUUAUUAUGUUGGAUUAUGGCAUUUCAUAUCCCAGGAAAUAUAAGGUAAAAAUAAUCACAUAGUGGGGGGAAAGCAAAUCACACACAUGAAUGUAUCAUCAAAAAAUUGGUGAUGUUCUAAAUAGUUCGCUAUGAAGCACCAAAUCAUCAUGAAUAUCUAUUCUUUACAAUGUUGUUAACUUGGCUCUGGGUAAUGGAAACUAAAGACUGUGGAAACUAUAAAUAUAUCUUGAAACUCUGAAUUGGAGAAAACAAAUCCAGUAAUUUAUUCUGAACGUAUUUGAAAUAUUUUACAUAUUAAUUGCAUAGAAGAGACAAAAAUUCCUUUCCAGACUUAACUGUGCCUGCAUAUAUGCUGAUGAUGGAGGCUAUCUGUUUGAUUGUGUCAAAUUUUCAUCAAUUCUAUGAACCAUCUCUCUCCACAUUGUAUGACUUCUUUUACUUGUAUUAUGGUCUGGCAGUGUUGGCUUUGAUUAUAUCUAGCAACCAUGUUUUUAUAGUGGCCUCAUUUCCUUUUACGAAUGAUUCCAAACUUAACUGCCUUUUCCAGUGAGUUUAAUUGUAUGACAUCGCCAAAAUAUAUAGGGUGAAAUGAUUCCAGCUCUAUGUUUAGUUUUAUAUACCCAAUAUUUGCUUGUUUGUCACAUUUGCUGUAUAAGGAAUGUGCAAGAGCCUUCUCCAACACCACAUCAUGAACAAGUCAAUUUUCUUCCUGGUCAGUUUUUUUCAAAGUCCAACUUUUGCAGCUAUAGGUAACUAUGAGAAACAUGAUAGUGUGAGCUAAUUCUUGUUUAGUUGCCAGAAGGUAUAUGUACUACAUACAUGCAAUGAGCUGUAUAUAUAUUUCCUGCUCUAAUUUGCAAGAAUUAGCCACAAUUCUGUACCAUUUUUAUGCAUUCUAUAUGCAUGAUGUCAAGUAAAUAAUUUAUCUUGCUUAUAUAACAGGAGGUAUACAAUGUAAAACCACUUUGGAUUGCUACAUGUAAUGAUUUUUUCCUUUGAAAAUAGAUACUGAUUCCCAAGAGAAAGUUUUGUGUAAAUCGUGAUUAUGUAUGAAGUCACUCUAAAUGCAAAAUAUUUUACAUUUCUGAACAAUGAUUUAAUUUUGGGGACUUGGUUAAUAAAAGAAGAACUAUUACC